AUGCGCAACGUCAGGGACAGCUCAUCGCUAUACCUUGCUAUUCUCGGCCGAAUUCUGAACGGCGCAGAGAUAGGGUACGGAGAGCAGGGGUACUACCUCGCCUCGUCCGGCGACGUAGUAUGGGAUGACCUGUACGAUGCCAUGGCCCGCGCUCUGAAGACCCGACGUGUCGUCGACGACGAGUCCGUCGUUCUGGCGGAUGACGCUGUUCUCGAUCAGAUGGGUGCUGCUAUUCAGCGUUCGAAGGAAUUCGUGCCCGUUGAGCUCGGUGGGCUGUGCACUUUUACGUCUCGAAAUGGGAAGAAUAUUGGCUGGGAGCCCGAGUAUCCAGCUGAUUAUAUUCUACAGGCAGCUGAUGAAGAGGUUGAUCGGAUUCUCAAUACCGAGAGAUGA